AUGAUGGAUGACGAUAGAUGCUCUGACCACCCCCAGCCUAUGGAAUUUCUCAACUUCUAUUUGGGAGACAACCUGCAGCCCCAGCCAAGAGUAUGGCUGCAGGAAACGUGCAGCCAUCCAGACCCUCCUGAACCAUGCAGGAAACAAACCUGGGUCUUAGAUCCUCCUGAAUCCACCAAGCAAGAUGUUCCUCUCCAAGGCUCUGGUGUGGAGCCCACAUUCUUGGGGAGCUGCUCUUCCCAGGGGGAGAACAGGCAGAGAGCAGCAUCACCAGGGUGGCCUGGGGACAGUCGUCCUCUGGGGAGCCCACAGCAGAACCAGAGCACAUCUGCACAGGUGGCAUUCUGGGCGGGCAUCCUGCAGGCCCAGAUGUGUGUCCUUGACCUGGAGGAGGAGCUGGAGAAGACGGAAGGGCUCAGGGCUGGGCUGAGAUGCUGUCUCCCUACAGUCCCUGCAGACCUCCCUGGAGAUGUGGGCCUGCACCCCAGCCCACCCAUGGAGGACUCAGGGGAAGACAGCAGCGGGCCUGAGGGGGAGAACCAGGCGUGGCCAAGGGAGGGAACACCAGGCUCUUCCCUGGAGUGGGGUGCCGAGGAGGAGUGUGUGUUCUUCAACAACCCCCUCUUCCUGGAGAGCCCUUGCUCAGAGGCCACUGCUUCCAGAGACUGCCUUUACUGGGGGAUUCCAGACUCCCAGAAAGAUGUGAAGACAGAAUCCGAAAGCCCGCAGACCCUGGAGCCUCCACUCCCAGGAGGCACAGUGCUAUGGGAACUGGGAAGUGAGCCGGAUUUGGGGGACCACAUCACUGAUUCCAGUGGACAGAACACCCCUCCAUUCCCCGUGCCCACCUACAAACCACAUUCCUUCUGCUGGACCUCAGCGGAUGUCAGUGAGGGGGCUCCCGCAGCACCUCCUGGCCAGGGGGAGGAUGAGACUUCUCUGGGCGACAGGCAUGACCCUGCCCCACCUGCAGCACCCUCUGGGGAUAAAGCAAUGAUUUGGGACACAGGACAUGUUGGAUCUGACCUUAGCCCUGCCACACAUCCUGUUCAACCUUGGGCUCCACCCAGCCCCAAGGGCUGGCAGACAGAAGAGGGUUCUUCCCGGCCCCAGGUGCUCCUUACGUCCCAGGACAGAGGUGAGAGUGGUGCUGGGUGUCCCCAGGAAUUUGCUCCCCACACCUUGGUCCCCGGCCCCUGGGGGAGCCCAGCUUCUUCGCCAGAGCCUAGCAGCCCAGAGUCUGAGAGCAGAGGCCCUGGUCCCAGGCCCAGCCCUGUGUCCUCCCAGGAGGGCAGCCCGCAGCUCCGGCGCCAUAGCUCGGGCAUUUUUCCCAAGUGGACACUAGAUGCUUUACACUCUUCACUCUUGGAGAUGGAUGGGACAGAGCCAAGUUCCCUAGAGAAAGAGGAGGCGGGAGAGGCCCCGAACCCAGGGGACGAAGUGAAGCACGAAGGCACAGUCAGGCUGGCGGAGGCUGGAGGCGGCCAGCCCGACGCUCACUUGACGACUACAGAAGGUGAGAGUCUCAAGACACUGAUGGGCUCUUCCAGGCUUCUCCCCAUGCCCCAAGCACAGUCCCCAGAGGAAGGCCAGAGGCUACUGGCUGGAGACAAGCUGGCUAAUGGCAUCAGGAACGACAAGGUGGCCUGGAACUUGGCCUCACGCCUCUAUCGUUUGGAGGGCUUCCGGAAGUCUGAAGUGGCGGCCUACCUGCAAAAGAACAAUGACUUCAGCAGGGCUGUGGCUGAGGAGUACUUGUCCUUCUUCCACUUUGGAGGCCAGAGCCUGGACCGAGCCCUCCGGGGCUUCCUCCAGGCGCUGGUGCUCAGUGGGGAGACUCAGGAGCGGGAGCGAAUCCUCUUCCAGUUCUCCAGACGCUUCCAUCACUGCAAUCCUGGGGCCUUCCCUUCAGUAGAUUCCGUCCACACCUUGACCUGUGCAAUCAUGCUCCUUAACACAGACCUGCAUGGACAGAACAUUGGGAAGAGCAUGAACUGCCAGGAAUUCAUAACCAACCUGAAUGGCCUGCGGGACGGUGGGAACUUCCCCAAGGAGCUGCUGAAGGCCCUCUACUGGUCUAUCCGAAGUGAGAAGCUCGAGUGGGCCGUGGAUGAAGUAGACGCAGCCAGACCUGAGAAGGCCCGGCCCUCUCCCGCAGCUGGCAAGAUGAGCAACCCCUUCCUUCAGCUGGCUCAGGACCCCAUGGUGCCCACCUACAAGCAAGGCAUUCUGGCUCGGAAGAUGCAUCAGGAUGCAGACGGCAAGAAGACGCCGUGGGGCAAGCGUGGCUGGAAGAUGUUCCACACCUUACUGCGAGGGAUGGUUCUCUACUUCCUGAAGGGAGAGGACCACUGCUCAGAGGGAGAGAGUUUGGUGGGGCAGAUGGUGGAUGAGCCCGUGGGGGUACACCACUCCCUGGCCACCCCGGCCACCCAUUACACCAAGAAGCCACACGUCUUCCAGCUGCGGACUGCCGACUGGCGCCUCUACCUCUUCCAGGCACCCACUGCCAAGGAGAUGAUUUCGUGGAUCGCGCGCAUCAACCUGGCCGCCGCCACGCACUCGGCGCCGCCCUUCCCCGCCGCCGUGGGCUCCCAACGCCGAUUCGUGCGGCCCAUCCUGCCCGUGAGCCUGGCCCAGAGCUCCCUGGAGGAGCAGCAUCGAUCCCACGAGAACUGCCUGGAUGCUGCCUCCGACGACCUGCUGGAUCUGCAGAGGAGCUUACCAGAGCGGCGCGGCCGCAGCCGCGAGCUGGAGGAGUACCGCUUGCGGAAGGAGUACCUGGAGCACGAGAAAACCCGCUAUGAGACAUAUGUGCACCUGCUGGUGGCCCGUCUGCACUGCCCCUCUGGCGACCUGGGCCUGUGGGAGGAGCAGCUGAGGAGGGAAGAUGGAGGUGCUCAGGAGCCCAAGCCCAGCCUGAAGAAGUCCCACUCAAGCCCAUCCCUGCAUCAGGAUGAGGCCCCCACCACGGCCAAGGUGAAGCGCAACAUCUCAGAGCGUAGAACCUACCGGAAGAUAAUCCCCAAGCGGAACCGCAAUCAGCUAUGA